AUGGUGUUCGACACUAACUUGAAAAUGGUUAUGUCCCAGGGUGGGACGUUUGAGAGAAUGAAGGAGAAGGUAAGGACUGAAAAAUGAUCAUACACCAAAAUAUUUCUCUCUAGGUUUGACAACAUUCCAAUUGUAUUGAUUUGAAUACAAUUCCAGUUUUGCUAGUAGGGUCCUCUUUUUUAAAUCUGUUGUGUAAAUGUCUAACUAAUUAUCUGCGUGCACUAUUUCUGAAAUGAAUAUGUGCGUCUAAAAAUAUUGAGAUUUAUAAACUUGGCGCAUGCCAUACACAUGCAUGUUUUCCAUUAUAAAGCCGACCCGUCCUAAUACUUUGUGUGCAUGAACUAGGAUUAUAACCCUGCCUGAAAAAUGCCAUCCAUUCACCAUUUAUGGUGACAAUAAUGCCCUUUAUUUGUUGUAUAAUUUGGAACUGCUGUUACCCUAUUGGGCUAAUCAUUAGCUAGAUCCCAAAUGUGAUCUUUUAACUAGUUAGCAUCCUAUUGAUUCAUUUUAUGUCCACUAAAACUUGCAUAAACACAGUAAAUAGAAUGUACGCCUACCUGUUAGGUUAACAUGGGUAACACAGCCCUUGCCUGUACUUCUCACAGAAAGCAUUUCAUGUCACAACCCCCCCCCCCCAAUACUGCCAAUACUGUUGCUCAACAAAAAAUGUCACCUGUCCCAUCACAAUUUAAGUAAUUCCCCAAAAACUAUUUUAAGCUAGGGUGGCAUUUUACCCCAAGUUACCCUACAAUUGACCCGUGUAACAUUUAGCCCCGCUCUUCCCUAUGCACUCAGGGCAAAUUGGUAACCUGCUUAAUCAUGGAACUGCUAAAAACUCUGGGUUUAAAAUGGUGCAGGUCACGCAUAUUUAGGAGUUGAGAAAUAAUAAAGUAUGAAUGCUCUCUCUCCUUUCAGUGGUGUAAAGUACUUAAGUAAAAAUACUUUCAAAUACUAAUUUAGUAGUUUCUUUGCAGUAUCUGUACUUUACUAUUUAUAUUUUUGACUACUUUUACUUACAUUUUACAUUUUAGUCAUUUAGCAGACGCUGUUAUCCAGAGCGACUUACAGUUUAUAGUGAGUGCAUACAUUUUUCAUACCUCCAUGGGAAUCGAACCCACAACCCUGGCGUUGCAAGCGCCAUGCUCUACCAAUUGAGCUACAGGAGGCCUACUUCACUACAUUCUUAAAGAAAAUAAUGUGCUUUUUACUCUAUACAUUUUCCCUGACACCCAAAUGUACUUGUUACCUUUUGAAUGUUUAGCAAGACAGGAAAAUUGUCCAAUUCACACACUUAUCAAGAGAACAUCCCUGGUCAUCCCUACUGCCUCUGAUCUGGCAGACUCACUAAACACAUGCUUCGUUUGUAAAUUAUGUCUGAAUGUUGGAGUGUGCCCCUGGCUAUCCGUAAAUAAAUAAAAAACACAAAUGGUGCCGUCUAGUUUGCUUAAUAUAAGUAAUUUGAAAUUAUUUUUUACUUUUGAUUCUUAAGUAUAUUUAAAACCAAAUACUUUUAGACUUUUACUCAAGUAGUAUUUUACUUGGUGACUUUCACUUUAACUUGAGUCAUUUUCUAUUAAGCUAUCGUAUUACUUUAACUCAAGUAUGACAAUUGGGUACUUUUUCCACCACUGCCUCUUUUUAACAAAGGCCAUUAAAACUGCUGUUUUCCCAGCGAUUGCAAGAAUAGUUGUGUGCAUUGACUGCUUGUCAGAAAGCAGGUUUCCCUCCCUAUGUCGCUCUUAAAUUUAAGGAAUAUUUUAGGAAUAUAAUUGAGGAAUAUUUAUCUCGCAUAGAAGACGCAACAAGCCAACUAGGUAAAUGUACUGAAGAAAAAUAUAAAAGUAUAAAAAAUAUGCCAGAAAUGUUCCAUACGUACAAAAAGCUGUGCACAAAUUUGUUUACAUCCCUGUUAGUGAGCAUUUCUCCUUGGCAAGAUAACCCAUCCACCUGACAGGUGUGGCAUAUCAAGAAGCUGAUUAAACAGCACGAUCAAUACACAGGUGCACCUUGUGUUGGGGACAAUAAAAUGUGCAGUUUUGUCACACAACACAAUGCUACAGAUGUCUCAAGUUUUGAGGGAGCGUGCAAUUAUAAUGCUGACUGCAGGAAUGUCCACCAAAGCUGUUGCCAGAUAAUUGAAUGUUAAUUUCUCUACCAUAAGCCGCCUCCAACAUCGUUUUAGAGAAUUUGGCCAACCGGCCUCACAACCGCAGACCAUGUGUAACCACGCCAGCCCAGGACCUCCACAUCCGGCUUCUUCACCUGCGGGAUCGUCUGAGAUCAACCACCCAGACAGCUAAUGAAACUGAGGAGUAUUUCUGUCUGUAAUAAAGCCCUUUUGUGGGGAAAACUCAUUCUGAUUGGCCCCAGUGGGUGGGCCAAUGCCCUCCCAGGCCCCCCAUGGCUGCACCCCUGCCCAGUCAUGUGAAAUCCAUAGAUUAUUUCAAUUCACCGAGUUCCUUAUAUGAACUGUAACUCAGUAAAAUUGUUGACAUUUUUGCAUGUUGCCUUUAUAUUUUUGUUCAGUAUAGAUACUGUUCUACUAUGGGUUUGUCUGAUUUUUCUAUUCAUUACUCGUUUUGUUUGCAGAGGAAAAUUAAAUGUCGACUGUUGUAGCAUCUUCAAAGUUCUCCUCUACAGAAUUAUUGUUUGAUAUAAUUUUUUCCGUGGUGGCAAUGAUUUUUCUGUGACGCAGCGCCACAGUUAAAAGACUACAGCGGAAACACUGCUACAGCCCACACUUGUAUGCACAAGAUGAAUUGUUAUUCAAUAUUUUAUCAAUAGAUUGUGUUUCUAUCUCCUGCCUUGGUAUGGGCUCAGAUUAAAUAGGCUAUUAUGUUGCGCUCUGUGCUCCUAUCGCACAGCAAUACUGUAGUCUACCCAUACUGUCAAAUCUUUUACAUAAGCUACCAGUCUAAUCGUUUGCAGUAACUUAUGCUGUAUUUGGCAAAGGACUGUGAUUAGUUUCUUAAAGAGAAAACAGUGGCUAAUUGUUGUGGACCUGUCAGCAGAAUGUUUGAACAUGUUUUGCAUCAACUUUUCCCCCAACCUAAAUAUGCUGUACUGCCUGCGAAUUCUGAAACAUUGUCUAGGCUACUCAAAAAACGAAUUACAGUAGUCUAAAUACAGUAGUAGCAUACAUACUUCAAUAUAAAAUAUCAACUAUCAAUUUACCUGUUCAAUUCAACUAUGUAGCCUAUAUAAACCACACUGCCUAUGGGAUCGCAUACAGCAGAACUUAAAAUACAUGUAGCCUAUCUAUUUACUAGGCUAUGAGGCCCAAUUAAAUGAGAGAUGCGUAUGGUAAUUUGAUGUAGGCAUAUGGCUACUUCGGGAUUAUGAACACAUCACAGACAGAAAAGGUGAGGAAUUUAUUCUGCAAUCGUUAUGAAAAUAAAAUGGGAAAUAGAUUCCUAUGUCUAAUUAUUGUAGAUUCCAAAAAUAAAACGCAUAGAUUUUCGCUCUUAUCACUAACAGCAAAUGGCUCCUGUUUUUUUUAUUUUUUUUUAUGAGUAAGCGUGUCAUAUCCCCCAUUUGCAAAAAAUUUGCCUACUUGCAAUACAACCACUAGAUAUAGUGUGUAUGCAUGGUCUAAAGUUUGCAUGAAAUUAAGCACAUUCUCACGCCAAGUUCAGAUUUGAUAAAUGCCAACUUUUGUGUAAACUGGCGCCCGCAUGUUUUAGGGUAUACAGUGGCUUGCGAAAGUAUUCACCCCCCUUGGCAUUUUUCCUAUUUUGUUGUCUUACAACCUGGAAUUAAAAUUGUUUUUUGGGGGGUUUGUAUCAUUUGAUUUACACAACAUGCCUACCACUUUGAAGAUGCAAAAUAUAUAUUUUUGCGAAACAAACAAAUAAGACAACAAACUUGAGCGUGCAUAACAAAAAAAAAAAAAAGUAAAUACUUCGUAGCGUCACCUUUUGCAGCAAUUACAGCUGCAAGUCUCCUGGGGUAUGUCUCUAUAAGGUUGGCACAUCUACCCUUUGGGAUUUUUGCCCAUUCUUCAAGGGAAAACUGCUCAAGCUCCUUCAAGUUGGAUGGGUUCCGCUGGUGUACAGCAAUCUUUAAGUCAUACCACAGAUUCUCAAUUGGAUUGAGGUCUGGGCUUUGACUAGGCCAUUCCAAUACAUUUUAAAUGUUUCCCCUUAAACCGCUCCUGUUGCUUUAGCAGUAUGCUUAGGGUCAUUGUCCUGCUGGAAGGUGAACCUCCGUCCCAGUCUCAAAUCUCUGGAAGACUGAAACAGGUUUCCCUCAAGAAUUUCCCUGUAUUUAGCGCCAUCCAUCAUUCCUUCAAUUCUGACCAGUUUCCCAGUCCCUGCCAAUUAAAAACAUCCCCACAGCAUGACGCUGCCACCACCAUGCUUCACUGUGGUGAUGGUGAUCUCGGGGUGAUGAGAAGUGUUGGGUUUGCGCCAGACAUAGCGUUUUCCUUGAUGUCCAAAAAGCUCAGUUUCCAUAUCUUUGGGGAGUCUCCCACAUGGCUUUUGGCGAACACCAAACGUGUUUGCUUAUUGUUUUCUUUAAGCAAUGGCUUUUUUCUGGCCACUCUUCCGUAAAUCCCAGCUCUGUGGAGUGUACGGCUUAAAGUGGUGCUAUGGACAGAUACUCCAAUCUCCGCUGUGGAACUUUGCAGCUCCUUCAGGGUUAUCUUUGGUCUCUUUGUUGCCUCUGAUUAAUGCCCUCCUUGCCUGGUCCGUGAGUUUUGGUCGGCGGCCCUCUCUUGGCAGGUUUGUUGUGGUGCCAUAUUCUUUCCAUUUUUAAAUAAUGGAUUUAAUGGUGCUCCGUGGGAUGUUCAAAGUGUCGGAUAUUUUUUUUUAACCCAACCCUGAUCUGUACUUCUCCACAACUUUGUCCCUGACCUGUUUGGAGAGCUCCUUGGUCUUCAUGGUGCCGCUUGCUUGGUGGUGCCCCUUGCUUAGUGGUGUUGCAGACUCUGGGGCCUUUCAGAACAGGUGUGUGUGUGUAUAUUUACUAAGAUCAUGUGACACUAAAAUUACACACAGGUGGACUUUAUUUAACUUAUUAUGUGACUUCUGAAGGUAAUUGGUUGCACUCUUAUUUAGGGGCUUCAUAGCAAAGGUGGUUAAUACAUAUGCACGCACCACUUUUCCGUUAUUUUUUUGUAUGAUUUUUUUUUCAUUUCAUUUCACCAAUUUGGACUAUUUUAUCUAUGUCCAUUACACGAAAUCCAAAUAAAAAUCCAUUUAAAUUACAGGUUGUAAUGCAACAAAAUAGGAAAAACGCCAAGGGGGAUGAAUACUUUAACAGGGCACUGUAUGUUGUACAAACACAACAUUUAGAAAUGAUCCCCCAGGGCCUUGGGAUAUGUGUCACUAUGCUAAGUUAAUUCUCUCUUAUUCGUUCUCUUCACAGAUUAGUGCCGUCAGGGCCGUUGUUCCCAACAAAAGCAACAAUGAGAUAGUUCUGGUGUUGCAGCACUUUGAGAACUGCGUUGAUAAGGCCGUCCAGGCUUUCCUAGAAGGUAUGGGAAUGCCAUAGUGAUCAUUCUUGUUGUGAUAUAGAACAGACACCAUACACAAAUAAAUGGAAAAUACAUUUUGUAUUUCAAAUCUAAGAACAUUCCGGUUCAAAGUGUACAACUUGGGUUUCUUGUAUUCAAUCACCCUCUUGUUACUUGAAGUAUGAUGCAGGAACAAGUAUCGAGUGGAUUAACCAGAUUAAUUUUUUUACAUGGCUCGCAUCAGUCAUACUUUCUUAGUGUAAUGUAGGCCUACUUCUACAGGUGUGGUUUUGGUCACUGUAGACCUACUCUUUUUAAAAGGCAAUUUUUUUAAAAUGGAGUAUUUAAACCUAGAUCAUCUGAAACAUUGUCUGCAUGUCAUGAACAAGGUCAAGGCUGUUAUGGAAAGAGCGCAUUCUUCUUAACUCAUAAUUACUUCAUUUUCCCUUCAGGUAGUGCCAUUGAUAUCUUGAAGGAGUGGAAUGUAACUGGUAAAAAAAAGGUAACCUUGUUAACUUUGUCCUUUACUUCAGGGUAUUGCAUUCUGUAUGAAAGGGCCACAUGAGUAUGAAUGAAAUAUAUUAUCAUGUGUCAUGACAUUUUAAAUAUGGCCUGUCCCUCACAGGAUUAUGAGUCGGCACUUUUUGAAAACAAGUUCCAAAGAUAUACUUCCAGUUACAGACCAAUCCAGACUUGGAGAAAAAAAACAUUUACUUUAAAUCCAAUUAACUUUGAACUCUAAAUGCUAGUCAAAGGAAAUGUAUGUUUUAGUUUAUUUGGAUAGAGAUGAGUACAAACACAUUGAGUUUCUAGCUCACACAAAUUUCCAACAUCUGUCCCCAGAUGGACUUUAAUGUUAUUUAAUCUGUUUUAUCGUUUCACCUAUCACCUAUUUUGCUUUGAAGUCAGCAGCUUUAGCUGAACAUAUCUGGUGUCUAUGUCAUGAGGACCUACAGUCUGCUCAACCAAAGCUAUAUGCUUGUUAUGUAUGAACACCAAAAGCUGUGUAAGGUUUUAUUGUAGUGGUUAGAAUCUGACUUUGAUUCUUCAACAUCCAGCCCAAGAAGAAAAAGAAGCCCAAGCCCCAGCCAGAGCCUCCGGGAGAGGAGCCUGCUCCAGCCGAAACCACACAGCCUUUGGAGACUGAGAAUAAAGAAGCAGUAAAUGGGUUCCAUGCCAAUGGCGCCGCGUUGGACGGAGACUCACUAGACUCUCUGAGUGAGCAGUUAGAUUCUGCCUUCUUGGACGCAGCUGAGCUCGAAUCUGAACCUGCCAUGUCGGACAUUACAGGUAUUGUUAUAGAGCAGUCUCAGUGGCUUUAUUUUACCCAUCAGUCAACCUUUUGGAUUGUUGAGACUAUACUACACUUUUGAUAAUCUUCUGUAGUUGAAGCCAACGCCUACCCAUCGGAAAAGAUCACACUGCAGUGUCUUUCUCCUUAAAGGUGUGGAAGCAGACUCUUUUUGUACUGGCCCAAGCACCACCCCUCAUCAUGCUCAAGGAAGAAGGAAUCACCAGCCUCCCCGUGGCAACAAGUUCCGUCCCAGAACCAACUCCCAGCAAUCAUCCACUUCCUCUGUGCUCACCACUGAUGAGAGCCAACAGGGAUCGUCUGGAGCUAAGAAGAUUGGUUAGUGCAAAAUUUGCUUUAUUAUUUCCUUAUUGUUGAUAUAGAAUAUUGUCAAAUCCAUGGGUUCCCUGCAGUCCCAUGGUUUAUUAGCAGUCCCAGGUGCCUCAACUGUAUAUUAUCUUAUACAACUAGGAUGUGUGUACUGGAGUGUUGAUGACGACAGCUCUAGUAAUGCUUUGUUUGUCUAAGACAAGUGACCUCUAACCCUGUUCUUUGACUCUCAGCGCCCAACAUUGACCGCUCUGUGAAGGACCUGCAGAGAUGCACAGUGUCGCUUAGUCGAUACAGAGUGUUGGUCAAGGAUGAAAUGGACUCCUCUAUUAAAACCAUGAAGCAGACGUUUGCUGAGCUCCAGAGCUGGUACAUCUCCCAACAUUAA